AUGAAGUUCCUCGCCACUGUCACCGUCCUCGCCACUGCAGCUCUGGCUGCCCCCAACCCCGAGCCUGAGUGCAACCAAAUCGGCCAGCCUUGUUGGAAGGUCAAGCGUGCGACUGAGGUUUUCUCUAGCGCAGUUCGAUCCAUCGGCACCGUCGAGACCGAGCACCAGGGCAUCCCCAACGAGGUUGCUCUGUCCGCCCUCCAAGGUCUUGACCAGCUCUCCAGCCUGCUUCUCUACGCCUCCGAGGACCCGUCUGCCUUUCUCCAGAACGUAACCGACACUUCGACCGCCAAGCGCGAUGUCGAGGUACAGGAGGAGAAGCGAUGGUGCUACCGCGUCGGUAUGACUUGCGGCUGGAAGAAGAAGCGAGCUGCGAAGAUCCCGGAGGAGAAGCGAUGGUGCUACCGCGUUGGUAUGACUUGCGGCUGGAAGAAGAAGAGAGAUGAGGAGAUCCAAGAGGAGAAGCGCGAUGUCGAAGUCCAGGAGGAGAAGCGCGAUGCCGAAGUCCAGGAGGAGAAGCGAUGGUGCUACCGCGUCGGUAUGACUUGCGGCUGGAAGAACAAGCGAUAUGAGGAUCUCGAGGAGGAGAAGCAAUGGUGCUACCGCGCCGGUGAGCCCUGCUGGAAGGCCAAGCCAACCGAUGAGAUCCAGGAGGACAAGAGAUGGUGCUACAAACCCGGUCAGCCCUGCUGGAAGGCCAAGCAUGUCGCCAAGGGCGUUCUCAGUGCCACCAUUGAAGGCGAUGAGAAGCGAAGCGUCGAGGAGAUUUCUGAGAAGUCAUGGUGCUACCAAACCGGCCAGCCUUGCUGGAAGGCCAAGCGCAACCUCGAGGCUAUCCAAAACGGGGCUCGCAGCGUUAUCGAGGGCAUGUACUAA